AUGGCAACCAUUGCCGACGCUUUAUCCUGUUUGACUAUUUCUCCUUCAAACAUUCACAAUACCCACCAAGCUUCCACAUCUAAUGGUCUACCUUCUCAAACUCAACCAAAUCCCAAGGGAAGCAUCAAUGCUAUCACCCUUAGGAGCGGUACCAAAUUAGAUGAAGUUGGUCUUGAGCCUACAAGUUUGAGCAAUGAACCCCACAAUGAAGAAAUAGAAGAAGAAGUGAAGGGGGUUAGUGGUGAGAAGGAGGAUGUUUCAAGAGAGGAGGAGGAUCUAUUGAAGGUCAAGGAACCCAAAAGGAAGAACCCUCUUGAAGAGACUACACCAAUCCCUUUUCCAACGGUGGCUAAAAAGGCUAAGAAGCAUGAAGACUUUGACCCUAAUGUGGUGGAGAUCUUCAAGAAUGAGGGAGUUACCAUUCCUCUUUUUCAAGCCAUCCAACAAGUUCCAAAGUAUGCCAAAUUCCUAAAGGAUGUUUUCACUCAUAAGGACAAGAUUGGUGAGCUAAACAAAAGUCCGAUGAAUGAUUCUAUUUUUUCUCUCAUUCCAGAAAAAUGUAAUGAUUCCGGUCCUUGUUUGGUAACUUGUGUGAUUGGUGGGAUGGAGUUCAUGGAUUGCAUGUGUGAUUUGGGAGCUUGUGUAAGCAUUAUGCCUCUCCCUAUCUAUGAGAAGUUGAACUUGUCGCCAUUGAAGAGGUCUGGAGCAAGAUUUGUGUUGGCGGACAAGAGUAUUGUGUCGAUUGUAGGAAUUGCGGAAAAUAUGUUGAUCAAUAUUCAAGGGUUGCUAUUCUCGGUAGAUUUUCAUAUUUUGGAGACCCCUCCAAUUGACUCAGACAAGCCAUCCUCUAUUCUCCUUGAGAUACCAUUUUUGAAGAUAUCUCGAUUCAAGUUGGAUGCAUUUUCGGGAGCUUACUCGUUUGAAGCCGAUAGAAAAGUAGUGAAAUUCACUUUGGAUGGAUCCAAGAAGCCAACACUUGAAGUAUACUCUAUCUUUGGUUGUGACCUAAUUGAAGAGCAAGUAAAUGAGACUAAUGGGGAGGAUAAAGAAGCAAAGGUUGUCAAGGAACCUAAGUCAUUGGACCACACACAACCCAAGCAUGCCAAGGAGUUGGAAAUUUUCCUCCUUGGAGAGGUCCCAAUUGUUGAUCAAUGA